AUGGCACCAACGAUUAAAAGAACACCUGUUAAAACUAGGUCAAGGAUCACAAAUAAACCAAGGAGGUCAGAACCUGACAUAUCAAAAGCAGGCAAUAGUCAAAUACGAAAUAAUACAGGCGAGAUGGAGGGAGAACUGGAGCGUUUGAAGGAGGAAAUGGCGAGUUUCGCGGGUUUACGAAAUACGAUUGAACAGCUACAGGCACAACAAGCAACUAACGCACAGCUGGCAAACGAAGUCGCAUUGUUGAAGCUCCAGAACGAACAACAAAGACAGGCUCUUCAACAGAUACAGAAUCCAGUUCAACAACCAGUUACCAAUAACGAUCAAAUAUCGGUUAAAAUGUGUGAAGGAAGAGUGUAAAUUGUCGAUAGUCGAAAGUAAAUUAUCAGGUAGAGCAAAAAUAUGGUGGG